CCUCCAUGCGUAAAAGGCUCUACAGUUUGCCACAGCACAUUGGACAGAAAGCAUCUAUAAUGGGUGAAGGAGAAGACGCAGACAAGGACACCCGGAGGAAGAGCAUUAGGAUGAAGCCUUUACCGUCACCGUCGCCGACCUCUGGAGGAAGCUGCAAAGGCAUCGGCGAGACCAAAAGUGGGGAAUCUGUGAUCAUGGAGACGGACAUAGGGAGACCUAUGAAGACCAGCUCAAAUGGAGAUUGUCGGAGAUUUCGAGGCAGCCUUUCGUCCAUCACAAGUCGACAUGUGCACGACUCAGACUCUGCGGAGGAGAGACGCCUCAUCACUGAAGGGGAUGUUACCCCGAGCGAAGAGAGCCCCCCUGGAGCAAUCGGUGACGGGCAGCCGGAUCAAGGUGCGCAGGAGGCCAGCAGUGGCGCUGGCGGUGGUGCCCAAAAUGAUUCUCCAGACCAGCAGUCAGGGUUUAUAAAGUUGGAUGGCAUUGAUCAAAUUCUGCCGGACGACGAGAGAUUAUAUCAGGCUGGGUUCAUACACAGACAGUUAGGAGCAAUGCUUCAACCAGGGGUCAACAAGUUCUCCCUGAGGAUGUUUGGAAGUGAGAAGGCGGUUGAACGAGAACAAGAGCGGGUUAAAUCCGCCGGAUUUUGGAUAAUUCACCCCUACAGUGAUUUCAGGUUUUACUGGGAUUUGACCAUGCUGCUGCUGAUGGUUGGAAACCUCAUCAUCAUCCCUGUGGGCAUCACCUUUUUCAAGGAUGAGCACACCCCCCCGUGGAUUGUGUUCAACGUUGUCUCCGACACCUUCUUCCUCAUGGACCUGGUUCUUAAUUUCAGGACGGGUAUCGUCAAGGAAGAUAACACAGAAAUCAUCUUAGAUCCGCAGCAGAUCAAGAUCAAGUACUUGCGGAGCUGGUUUGUGGUCGACUUCAUAUCCUCCAUCCCCGUAGACUACAUCUUCCUCAUUGUGGAGACGCGCAUUGACUCGGAUUUCUACAAGACAGCACGCGCCUUACGCAUUGUCCGCUUUACCAAGAUACUAAGCUUGCUGCGCCUCCUGCGCCUCUCUAGACUCAUUCGCUACAUCCACCAGUGGGAGGAGAUCUUCCACAUGACCUAUGACCUAGCCAGCGCCAUGGUACGAAUAGUCAAUCUAAUCGGCAUGAUGCUGCUGCUCUGUCACUGGGAUGGCUGCCUGCAGUUCUUGGUGCCCAUGCUCCAGGACUUCCCUGCUGACUGCUGGGUGUCCAAAAAUAAGAUGGUGAAUGACACAUGGGGACAGCAGUACUCCUACGCACUUUUCAAAGCUAUGAGCCACAUGUUGUGUAUUGGGUAUGGCAUGUACCCCCCAGUGGGCAUGACAGACGUGUGGCUGACCAUCCUCAGCAUGAUUGUGGGUGCUACUUGCUACGCCAUGUUUGUGGGCCACGCCACUGCGCUAAUCCAAUCUCUGGACUCAUCUCGACGGCAGUACCAGGAGAAGUACAAACAGGUGGAACAGUACAUGUCCUUCCACAAGCUGCCUGCAGAUAUGAGGCAGAGAAUCCACGACUACUAUGAGCACCGCUACCAGGGCAAGAUGUUUGACGAGGAGAGCAUCCUGGGAGAGCUGAAUGAGCCGCUCCGAGAGGAAAUUAUCAACUUUAACUGUCGAAAGCUGGUGGCAUCUAUGCCGCUAUUUGCCAAUGCUGACCCAAACUUUGUCACCUCUAUGCUCACCAAAUUGAGGUUUGAGGUGUUCCAACCUGGGGAUUACAUCAUAAGAGAAGGCACCAUCGGAAAGAAAAUGUACUUCAUACAACAUGGGGUUGUCAGUGUUCUAACAAAAGGCAACAAAGAAACCAAGCUUUCGGAUGGCUCCUACUUCGGGGAGAUUUGUUUGCUAACACGGGGCAGAAGGACAGCCAGCGUCCGAGCUGACACGUACUGCCGCUUGUACUCAUUGUCUGUUGACAACUUCAAUGAGGUACUGGAGGAAUAUCCUAUGAUGAGAAGGGCCUUUGAGACUGUUGCUCUGGACCGGCUGGACCGUAUUGGCAAGAAAAACUCCAUCCUGCAGCACAAGGUGCAACACGACCUCAGCUCUGGUGUACUCAACUACCAGGAGAAUGAGAUCAUCCAGCAGAUUGUGCAGCAUGACAGGGACAUGGCCCACUGUGCCCACCUCAUGCAGAACGCUCCACCACAGACACCGCCCUCACCUACCCCUGUAAUCUGGGCCCCACUCAUCCAAGCACCUCUCCAGGCAGCAGCUGCCACCACCUCUGUAGCCAUAGCCCUGACACACCAUCCCCACCUCCCAUCAACGCUCUUCAGACCUCCAGUUUCUGUCCUCGGUUCCCUGAAGGACCCUCCUAGCCGACUUAAAAAGUUUCACACAUUUGUUCCUUCAUCCACAUCACCUGGCUCUGCUGGGGACUCUCCUUCUAGCACACCUUCUAAGCUGCAAACUGGGAUAGACAUGCCAUUGCUGGCGUCUUUCCGGGCCCAGCAAAUUACAUCAGGUUCAGGGGCAACUAGUUCAAGCCAGCAUGCUUCAGGUAGCGGAAUACAACGCGGACCUUGCAGGUCUGGGCCUGUGUCCAGUGGAGGAGCAACCUCCGUGUUCCCGUUUGGUCAGUUUUCAUCUUCUGGUUCACCUUCAUCUAGUACGGCCCAGCUGCACCCUCAACCACAAAAUCAAAAAUCCUUCCGCUCUGGUACACCACCUCUCUCAAACCUCUUUCACCAAGGAUCUAUAGGUGGAAGCACAGGGUCAGGACUAAGUGGAAGUUUAGCUGGAGCUUGUGGUGGUGCUACGGGAUGGUCUUUAGGUGGAGCAGUUGGAGGUUUUGUGGAAGGGGCCACUGGUGGGGACACUUCCUGGGCGGGAGAGGACUAUACAACUGGGUUGUUAGAAGUGACUUCUGGUGGGCACUCUGGGUUGGGAGGAGCUAAUGGUGGAUCAGUAGGAGGGAUCUCAGGGGAAACCAAGCUUCCCCAAAACCAACCACCUGCCAAGCCUCCUCAGGUGGCUCCUCUGCAGCAGUUUGCUGGAGGAGGCAGGACUACCAGUGGAUUAAACCUUUUCCAGUCCCCUCCACAAGGUUCCCCAUCCUCUGGUAGAGGACAGCACAGUCAGCAGCCUGCUGAGGGCUCCCCAUCUUCCCUCAGCCAUUCUAGCCUGGCAGGCCUCCAGUCUGGCUGCUUACCUCACCAGAUGUCACUGGAAAGGUCUGCAUUGGCUUCUCUGGCCCAGUAUGGUUCAGCAAACGCCUCACCCUGCCUUACUCCAGUCGCACCCAGUCCCACUGUUCAAAGCCCUGUGGCAGGCAGGACUUUCCACUACAGUGACCCUUCUAGUGUCACAGGAUCCCACAGUUCUUUGCUCAUGCCUCAAACUUGUUUUCCUUCACAGCUUCCAAGCCAGCCACAAAGUACAGGAAGAGAUUCCCCUCUGGGACGUUUUUCUGAGGACCUAAAGCUUUUAUCUAGCUCCCAUUCAUCCCUGCCCCAAGAGGUGGCCCAGGUCUUAAGCCACCAAACUCCUUGCUCUUCAAUAGAAACUGGGUAUUACCCUUCUCCAUUUUCCUCUCCUACUCUUGUACCCAAACCCUGUAGCUCAGUGCCAGGGCACAUGACUCCUCCAAUCCAGAUGUCUCCGGGGCACCCUCACCAGACUUAUUCCUCCGGGGCCUCACCAGCCUUGUCUUUACGGAGGGACUCUGCUGCCUUUUCAUCUGAUCUAGAACCUCAGUCUGUCCGCUCUAAACUCCCUUCAAAUUUGUGA